GUCUUUUUGACGUUUACAGUUUGACAACGAGUAACGUUUUUGGCGGAUUUUAUUAGUUUUACAUAUUUUAUUAAAAAACAAUUCUAUUUAGACAUAAAUGUUUUAGGUAAAUCUUAUUUUGAGAUACACAAAACUUCCAUUAGUUACACUGAUGGCUGGAAAACGUAGCGCCACAAGUGAUUUAAAUCACGAAAAUUGGGACAAGGAAGAACCCCCUGAAGAUGCUGGUACUUUUCAAAGAGCUUCUGAAGAUUCUUUGAAAAGUAGAGUUAUAAAAACUGCAAGAAGGAGGAAUCCUAUAUCAUCAGUUAGGGAUGGUGGUGAUGGUGAAAAGAAAAGUGCCUUCACCAGUUUUACGGGUUUUGGAAAAGCAGCGCCAACAACAUCCACAGCUUUUUCGUUCCUAUCGAAUCUAACUAAACCUAAUACCCCUCCAAAAGUAAAUGGUACGGGUGGAAAUUCAGAAAAACCUCAGAAUGAUGCUUCAACAUUUAAGUAUAGUAGUAGUCCUAUAACAGGGAGUGGAAAAUUAAAUGAAAAAGUGACAACAAAUGUUUUUGGUGCAAGCACAGCUAAUAAUAGUAAUAAAAAUAACAAUCCUACUAACUCAUCUCCCGAGAAAUCAAAUGAAUAUUACUCAAAGUUGAAAGGUCUGAAUGAGAGUGUAUCAAAAUGGAUAAAAAGUCAUGUAGAUGCAAAUCCACUAAUAAAUUUACAGCCAAUAUUUCGAGAUUAUGAGAAAUACUUCGCAGAAUUAGAAAAGGAGAAAGACCUAAAACCCCCUGAUACGAACAAUAAAACUGACUCUUCUUCUAUGAGCUCCUUUGCUUUUAAACCUACAACUAAUGUUCCAGAUAGUACCACUGAAAAAUUCCAAUCUAUUUCCAAAAAUGAAUCCAGUAAUACUUCAGAAAAAAAUAUUCCAAAAUUCACUUUUGGAACUUCUAGCACAAGUUCAGCUACACCAACUUUUAGUUUUGGAAGCAAGGCCAGCGCAGAUUCUGGGAAUAAGUCAUUUUCUUUUGUCAGUACAAAUAAAGAAGCAUCAAAAACAACACCGACUGUACCAUCAUUCUCAUUUGGAGCAAAACCAUCAAUUUCUGCGGCAAUGACAACCAGUGAAACAGCAAAAAGCAUUAGUACAACCACACCGACUUUUUCAUUUGGAGCUCAACAGGCUUCCAAAGAAAUUCCAUCCUUCAGUUUUGGUAGUAAAACUUCACCAGUUUCAUCGCCUGUAGGAGCUGGCGCAAGCACAACUGUACCACCAGUUUCGUUAGGAACUGCGUCCAGCGCCAAAGAGGCUACAAAACCUAUACCGUCAUUUUCCUUCGGUACAGGCAUGUCCAGUUCUACAUCUGCAGGUACCACAGCAAAUGAUACCACGAAGACAACUACAACUAUACCAUCCUUUUCUUUUGGGAAAUCUAUUACUCCAUUUUCUUCUGCCAGUCCUUUUACAUUCGCAAAUGCAGUAAAACCAGUUUCCACUGACAAUAAGGAAAAAGAUGCAGAGGAAGAGGAAGAACCGCCUACAAAUGAAUUUACGCCGGUUGUAGAAAAGGAUCAUGUUUACACAACAAGGUGCAAAGUCUUCGUCAAAAAAGAAGACAAAUUCGGCGAUCGAGGUGUAGGUAACCUAUAUUUGAAACCCAUACCAGACAGUGAAAAGGUACAGAUGAUAGUUAGAGCCGACACCAACCUCGGAAACCUAUUGCUGAAUUGCAUUUUAUCGGAAAGUAUCCCUACCAAGAGACUAGGGACAAAAGACGUUAUGUUGGUAUGCGUUCCCACUCCGGAAUCGGAGCCCCCGCCAGUUCCUGUUUUGUUAAGGGUAAAGUCUUCAGAAGAAGCUGAUAAGUUGUUGGAGACAUUGAAUAAAUACAAAAAAUAGUUGUUGAUUUUUAUCUUUUUAUUUCUCCUGUAUUAUGGUCAAUAUACAAUAUUGUUUUUU